UACUCGUAUCGUUUCAUCCCUAAUUAGAAGAAAUAGAAGUGAGUGAAAAGAAUUUAGCAAAUAAAAAAAAGAGCGAGUAGUGAAAAGAAUUUAAUCUGUGUUUUCAACAAAUAAAAAGGGAAAUAAAAUAAUCGGUGGCGGAAUUGAUUCUGAAAACUUUUGUGAAUGUUUUUACAGAUAAAGGACAUACAUAUAUACUCUGCCAGACAUAAAACAAACCAUUCUUAAGUGGGUUUGGAUGAUAAUUGUUUUUGAAUCAAUUAACAGAGUAAUAAAAUUGCAGUUGAGAACGCCCGUCAAUUGCAUCUUUGUUCGGGUAAUAAGGCUCUUUGUAGAGAAAUAGAAAACAUUCCAUACCUGCUGAACGUUAACAUUUACUUAUUGCCUUUGCUGCAUCAGAAAUUCUUGCAUUUACAUUGCAACCAAUUGUGCAGUAACGAACCAAUCCUCCAAGAUAUUCUUUCCAAUAAAGUAUCGUUGAAAGUGAGGUUAAUAAAGCAUAACACUAUAAUUCUGUUGCGGACCGCUCAGAGUGAUAUAGUUAUGACAACAAUAAAUAUAAAUUCACGAAAAAGUCCAAUGCUGAAAAAGCAGGGCACAGACCAGUGGGUGAAGCUUAAUGUGGGUGGCACAUACUUUCUAACAACAAAGACCACGCUCUCCCGUGACCCAAAUUCGUUUCUGUCACGUCUUAUACAAGAGGAUUGUGAUUUAAUAUCUGAUCGGGACGAAACAGGCGCCUACCUGAUUGAUAGAGACCCAAAAUAUUUUGCGCCAGUGCUGAACUAUUUGCGGCAUGGUAAAUUGGUUUUAGAUGGCGUUUCCGAGGAAGGAGUUCUAGAAGAAGCUGAAUUCUACAAUGUGACACAGCUGAUAACACUACUGAAGGAAUGUAUAAAUCAUAGAGAUCAGCGACCACAUGCUGAUAAAAAACGUGUAUAUCGUGUGUUGCAGUGUCGAGAACAGGAAUUAACACAAAUGAUCUCAACUUUAUCAGAUGGUUGGCAUUUUGAACAAUUAAUUAGCGUUGGCAUGCAGUAUACAAAUUAUGGACCAUUCGAAAAUAACGAAUUCUUAUGCGUAGUAUCAAAAGAAUGCGGUUCAUCGUCGGGCCGUGAACUGGAAUUAAACGAUCGCGCUAAGGUGCUACAGCAGAAAGGCUCUCGAAUGUAAGAAU